AUGCGGCCCGUCUACCACGAGCCCGUCGCGCGCGUUUACUAUGGCAACGUGUGCUCGCCCGCGUACCUCCUGUCGUGGCUAGCGUGGCUCACGACGCUUCUCUUGCCGCUCCUACUCGUCUACGAUGCAUCGACGUUCUGGCCUCGGUCCGUCGCGUAUCGCGAGCAGCCGCACGUGCGCUACAUGUACCAGACGCUGCUUCUCAUCGAGGGCACGGCGCGCGACGACGAUGGCAAAGAGAGCGUGUUCUCGGGCUUUUGGAGCACGCUGCCGAGCAACGUCAACCAACUCGCGGGCGACGCGCUGCGCCCAGGGCAAAUUCAGUCGUUUUUCGACGACGACAACCGCGAUGGCCUUCUGGACCGCGUCUCGAUCGAGGUGGCGAUCGCAGUGAACGCAGGCGAACGCGUCCAGAAAGCGUCGUUGCUCGUGAUCUUCAACGCGACGGUCCAGACGCACGCCCAGCUGAGUAUGGACGUCAUGGCGCUCGUCUCGCAUGCAUCGCCGCUGCCAGGCAGCGUCCUCUACACCGUGGGCGAUCUCGCGCUGAGCUUCAAGCGGCCGUUGCCACUCACGACCAC